AUGUUGUCUCUCGACCGUCGCGCGACGGCUGGCGUGGUCAUUACCGGACCAGGAAUCCCGUAUAAUACUUUUGUGAGACGUAUUUUCUGGGACGACGUUUUCGCUGUACUCGCCGCCGUCCUUAUCCUGGUCACGGCCAGCUUGUGGCAGUGGGCCGCGAGAGAUAUGUACUAUGUCCUUGACGUCAACGCUGGUCUCAUCCCGCCCCAGGCCGACUUUCCGACUCGGGUUAUGCGCGAGCUCAAGGCCAGCUUCAUGUCCAACCUCUUCUUCUAUGCCGCUUUAUUUUCGGUGAAACUUGCCCUCAUCGUGUUUUUCAAACGACUUGGCAAUAAUGUCCGUGGCCAGAAAUAUCUUUGGUGGCCAGCCUUCAUCCUGUCGGCAGUCUGCUUCGUCGUCUCUGUCGGAGACAUAGGGUAUCCUUGUUUGAUCAACUCGGACAUUCAGUACCUCUCCACGUACUGUGUGUCGCCAGAACACUCUACAAAGAUGACCAACACGGUCACAGCCAACUGUGUGUUGGACAUCGUCUCGGACAUAGCCAUUACAGUCAUUCCGGUCACUCUGCUCUGGAAUGUGCGCAUUGACAUGCGGAAGAAGCUAGCUUUCAUCGGUCUCUUUUCGCUAACACUGAUCACCAUCGCUGCGGCCCUGACCCGGGCAAUCGAGACGGAUGUUACGAGGAAGGCCAAUGGUUUACACGACACAUCAUACCCCUCUGUCUGCCUCCAGUUCUACUACCCAUCCAUCAUCGCGGUCAUCAUGGCAGACAUUCGAGGCUACAAAAUCUCCAUUGACUCCGCGGCCAUCGAGGAGACCCGCCAGAAGUUGGCCCUCGCAAAGUUCCCAGAUGAUGCCGGUACCGACGGCGAUGAUUUUGGACGCGGCGUACCCGUUGCAAAUCUCAAGCGGAUAGCCAAAUACUGGCAGGAUGAAUUCAACUGGUCUUCAUUCGAAGAGCGCUUGAAUCAACUCCCGCACUUUGAAGCGACCAUGUCACUUGAUGGCUUUGAGCCAUUUGGGCUGCAUUUUAUACACCAGAAAUCUUCGAACCCAGACGCAAUUCCGCUGCUUUUUGUUCAUGGCUGGCCGGGCAGUUUCCUCGAAGCAACCAAAAUCCUUCCAUUACUAACAGCAAAGCAAGAAGAUGGGCCAGAAUUCCACCUCGUGGUGCCAUCGCUUCCCAAUUUUCGGUUUUCAAGCCGUAUCCCGAAGAAGGGAUUCGGCCUGCGACAGUACACUGACAUUUGCCAUAAGCUAAUGAUGAUCUUGGAAUACAAGCGAUAUGCCGCCCAAGGUGGAGACUGGUUGACCAAGUCUCCACUCGGCUUUGUGCGAUUCCUCACAACGCACAUGCUGAAUCUGUACACGCCCGAGCAAAAGGCCGGCCUGAAAGCUGCCCAGGACUAUCAAGACAGCGGCGGUUACUACCUUCAUGUGAUGAGGACUAGACGCCAGACCGUUGGGGUAAUGCUUGCGGAUAGCCCCGUCGCGCUGUUGGCCUGGAUCUAUGAGAAGCUGAUCGCCUGGACAGACGACUACCCAUGGACGGACCAGGAGGGCGAAUGGGAGGCGGAGACUGGACGGGCAAAAGCUAAGCUGGGUUUCUCGUACUUCCCAAAAGAAAUCGCUGCGACGCCGCGAAUGUGGAACAGGCAACUGGGCGACGUCGUUUUCGAGAAGGAGCAGCAGAAAGGCGGCCACUUUGCAGCCUGGGAGCAGCCAGAGGCUCUGGUGCAGGGUCUCCGGGACAUGUUCCGUUUCGAUGGUCCGGCGCACCGCGCUGUGAAUCAGCGAUGA